AUGGCUCGUCUGCUGCAUUCUUUGCGGCGAGUCUUCGGGCUGAGUACGUCGUCGACGACGACUACCGCUUCUGCUGCUGGUAGUCUACGGACUCGAUCCAUCGACACCGACUUCUCCAUCUUCCGAGAGGGCGAUCGGGCCGUGCUACACCAGAAGCAGCCGCAAUUGACGAAGCCAUUGAAAAGGGGUGACAAGACGCAUUUGCGCCGCGGACACGUCGCCCAUGAUAACAUCAUUGGCAGUCGGGUCUGGGACGCGGCCUCCCUCACAGGUCCAGAUGUACGAUUGAGUCUCCCGACUCUGGAAGAAUACGUCGCAUUGACUCCUCGUCUCGUUACCCCGGUAUGGGCAUACGAUCAUGAACCACGGCCUCCGGCGCAGCUACUUACGCCUGAUAGAUCUAUUCGCAUGAUGGAAACCUGA